GAGCCACCCUUUAAAAUUAACACACCAGCACCAGUUUAAUUGAUAUUCCCUAUAAGAUCAAAACACAAUAUGUUAUUGAAGUCUUUUAAAACUCAUUUUGCUGAAGACUGACUCUAACAUUUAACGUGAAUUAUCUGGUUCUAGCGUAACACCAGUUGCCAAGUCCAACUUUUACUUGAUGAACCAGGACAUGGCGAUUGAGCCAACGCUGCCACACUCGCCAUAGCCACCACUGCCAUCAUGCCCGGUGAGGAUAAACCACAGCAACAUACCCGCCAGCGGAAAAAGAACAAAAAGUCCCGCUCCAAGGGGAAGAGCCCUGGUGGGAGUCCCACUGGCCGUCUGGGAGGUACCAUAGAUAGCCAAGAUGACCUCCUCCUACAACCAGUUCCCCAACCUCCUCCUAAAAAGCUGGUGGAGGAGAGGCCAAAAGUGCCCGUUGCCAAAUUGGAAGAGGAGUCGUUUAUUGCUAUCUGUCUCCAGGUGCUUUUUCCCUACCUGCUGGCUGGGAUGGGCAUGGUGAUGGCCGGCAUGGUGCUGGACAAUGUACAGCACUGGGAGGUGUUCAAGGUGAUAACAGAGGUGUUCAUCCUGGUGCCUGCACUGGUCGGACUCAAAGGAAACCUGGAGAUGACACUGGCCGCCCGUCUCUCCACUGCUGCCAACACGGGCCAAAUGGAUGAUCCCGACAAACAAUGGACUAUGGUUUGCAGCAAUCUGGCACUUAUACAGGUUCAGGCGACUGUGGUGGGCUUCCUGGCAGCAGUGGCCGCUGUGUGUUUAGGAGCAAUUUCUAGAGGGGGGAUUGAACUGGACCAGGCGGCUGUUCUCUGUGCCAGCAGCAUCACCACUGCCUUUGUAGCCGCUCUGUCCUUAGGCCUGGUGAUGAUCGGAGUGAUCAUCGGCUCCAGGAAGGUGGGGAUCAACCCUGACAACGUGGCCACCCCCAUCGCUGCCAGUCUGGGUGACUUGAUCACCCUGUCCCUGCUGGCUGGGGUCAGCAGCACUCUCUAUGAACAUAUAGAUAUAUGGUACCUGUCCCCCCUGGUGUGUCUGGUCUUCCUGGCUCUGAUCCCAGUGUGGGUGAUGGUGGCCCGACAGAGCCCACAGAUCAGGGAAGUUCUCCGCUCAGGGUGGCAGCCUGUUAUUGUAGCCAUGUCUAUUAGCAGUUUUGGAGGCCUUAUACUGGACAGGACAGUGUCUGAUCCCAACUUUGAGGGCAUGGCUGUCUUUACGCCCGUCAUUAACGGUGUUGGUGGCAACUUGGUGGCCAUCCAGGCCAGUAGGAUCUCGACCUACCUACACUUCUGGACCAUCCCAGGAGUGCUGCCGUACAAGAUGAGGCAGCAUUGGCCCAAUCCCUGCGUCACCUUCUUCUCUGAAGGGGUGAAUUCCAAAUCAGCACGGGUGCUUCUGAUGCUGGUUGUCCCCGGACACCUGGUCUUCCUCUACGCCAUCUCUCUGCUGCAGGGAGACGAGGCGCCCAUCUCUGUAGCCUUCAGCGUCUGCUACCUGUGUGCUGCUCUGUUACAGGUGACCAUCCUCCUUUAUGUUGCCGACCUCAUCAUCCGCGUGAUGUGGAGACGGAGUCUGGACCCGGACAACUUCUCCAUCCCCUACUUGACGGCCCUGGGGGACCUGCUGGGCACCGGGUUUCUGGCCCUCUGCUUUCGCUGUGUCUCACUGGUUCAGAGCCUGGGUCUCUGAACUUAAGCCCUCUGCCGCUGAACUCUUAGCCAGCCACUGUCUUGUUGCUCCCAAUUUUGUUACAUUUGCAAAGAGAUGCUUUUGAACGGACAUUAAAGCAUUUUCUGAUGGUUAUCACUGCACCAGUUCACACCGACGAUGGAGAAACAGCACUGGUAACACCCACCCAUCUACACCCAUCCAUCUGGGUGAAGGGUUUGCUUCUUUAAAACAGCCAAUCUAAUAUUUUUGUUUUACCACAAAAGGUUUUCAAGUAUUCAGAGUUUAGGUUCUCUGUCCUUAAAUACACCAUAUUGAACUUUAUUUUGUUAUCAUUCCUCUUUAUCUGUCCGUCUGUUAGUUUUCCUUAAUGUGAGUUAGGUGGCUCAGUGCGCACCUCGUCUCUCAGAUCAUCUCUUUAGCUUCAUCAGAGGAAUAUGUAGCAACUUAGCAUCAUAGCAGACUGAGCAGUGGUGGACAUUUUGUUUGAACUUGUGGACAGAACAAACAGACUUAAAGCAGUCCAUGUGGAUGGACUGUAUUAUGCCUGGAAUUUAACUGGAAUUUUCAUUGAUACAUAUGUCGAAGAUAUGAGUUCGGAAUCAUUGUGACUUAUUUUUAAUGAAUUGUACAGGUUUACUUUUAAUGAGAAAUCAGGGUUACAUAUCUGUAACACACAGGGGAAUGUUUCAUCAUCACAUGAAAAAAAAGUCCAAUCUACAUUAUUAUCCAUGUGAUGGACUUCAUGUACUUUCUUUUUUUUCUUUUCUUACAUUUGCUGCUAACUAAUAGGAUUAAUCAAUUGAUGAGGUACUGUAAUGAGGCAAACAGACAGAAUUAUGCAAUGUGUAUCUUUGUGCUAAGGGCCAAAUGGCUGCACAGUGGAAACAGCACGAUUAGGAAGAAGACAAUGUAUUGAAAGAUUUGGAGCACUAUUAAAGGAGCAAUUUGUAAGAUAUGGCCAGAAGUGUAGUUUAAAACAGUCAAAAAACAAAGCAACGUAUCAAACAAAGAAACCGUCAAGUUUACUGUAUGUCUAAAACAUAUAUGUACUGUAUUGCAAAGAUUUCUACUGAAGUUGGCAUGCUAACCAGCUAGCCCAAGCGAUCCUCUCUAAUAAUAGCACUUUGAACCAGCAACAAAUUGAGUCCGAUAGUUACCCUGGUUUCAGCUGGCCGAUUUAUGACAGCUUUUAGCACAAUUAAUUAACAGAUAAACUCAUGAAAUGUAAAGAAAAUUUCAGAGACCUUGUAAAUCACCUCCAUACAGUAUCCCGUCUUCAAAACUGACCCCACUCUCUUGAAGGUCUUGAAGGUACCUCUUGAAGAGUCAAGUCCCAAUUUGGUGUCCAGCUGUGUUCACUCUCACAUCAGGCUGCCAAAACCAGUUAAGCUGGCAGUCUACAAAAACUUGAGGGCCAUUGGCUCCAAAGCCACCCAAGUUAAUUAGCUAACGGACAGCUAACAGAAAGCAGCAGCUGCUGGUUACUCUGGUGAUGGCCCUGGAACUACCUGCAAAUUCUGGCCAUAUUUUAAAAAUUACACCUCCAACAAAUGUUUUAGUGAAAUGAGGUGAAUAAACAAAGAGAACUGACCACCAAGACUGUUAAGCUGUAGGAGGGAGGGCAUCCAUCAGCAAGUUCUAGACUGAUAUAAACCAUGUUUGUAUCCAGGAUCCAUAUUGUCAUGGCACCUUCUGACAUACACAAAUGUGUCCUGACAGCUAGAACAUUUUGAAAAAUAUUUGUUUUCUCUCUGAGAGUAAUAUGAGAGGAUCCUUUGAUGCUGGCCAUUCAUAUCAUUGUGCAAGUAUUGGGUUAUUUACCCACUACUAUGAAACUAAGCCAAUCUUAGACCGCUGUUUUACCAGAUCUUUAUGCAGAUUUGUUUCAUCUCCACACUCCUUCCUCUGCGGACAAGAAAUAUCACAGCAAGUUACCAAACAAACAGGCAACUCUAACUAAAAUCGCCAUGAUCCAUCACAAAAACUCCAGAAUGAAUAAUAUGCAGAUGAUGUAUUGCUUUUUGUUGCACAUGGUAAGAUUCUACACUUUGCUAAAAAUUGCUCAAUGGCCCAAACACUAAACGGUUUUGUUCUAAAGCACUGUGAAGCACAUCCAAUGUGUCCACACCUCUCACUAUUUGUAUAGCAAGCUCAAUAAGAUUUUUCAUUGUGGAUUUGUGCUGCCACUGUAUGGAGAGAAAAAAACACAAAAAACAGCAGUGAACUGAUGCAGAAGACUCGUCCGUCAGCCCAGGUUUAUGUGUUUACAUUGACUGUGUAGCUGCAGAGGAUCUUGGGUAUUCCCUCACUACUUGAUACUAAUAGUCCCUUUAAUGGAGGGUUCACGAAGCCUUACUGUUUUUUGUCAGAACCAUAAAACCUCAUCAUUACAGCAGUGAAUGCAUGUACAUGUGCAUAUUAAUCUUGAGGGGUCAUUCAGUCAGAAAGUGAAGCAAAUUUUCAGCUUCUGUCAUUUGCACAAAUUUAACAGAUGGACUGUUGUUGUUCAGUUCAGCCUCUGAAUGAAUUCAGAACUCACCUUUAAAUCUUUCUUGUCUUGAGAUGCAGUUGGAGUUCUCGCUCAUCAGCAUUUUCAUCUGACGUCGCAGUGCCGGCACAUCAGUUUUACACCACCCCAGGAAAAUUCAUGCUUACUCACACUUUUCAACUGAUUGCGUUGCACCAUGUUUAAAAUGUUCAUUACAUUUUGUCCGACUGCAAGUCAUAUUUAAGCAUCUUCAUGUUCCAGUUAUUGUUUUAGUUUACGGGUGCAAUAAUUAAGAAUUGAAGUCCUGUCGAAUUCAUUCGCAAAAAAAGAGUAUAAGAUGAGCAACAGCUAACUGCUGUUGAUUGUAGCUACCGUUAGAUAUUUAGUUCAGUUAGCUGUGCAGCUAGAAAUCCAGGCUGAAAGCUUAGAGCAUUUGUGCUAAUACCACUAGCACAGGAGCUUUGGAUCGGUCUCGGCUGGGGCUAGCUGGUUAGCAUGCUAACUUCAGUAGAUAUCUCUUCAACACAACACAAUACAUAGAUGCCGUCACCUCAAAACUGUUAUUACUUCACACUAGUGUUAAUUUUUGAAUGUUUCCAACUAAAAUAUAUUGCACCUUUAAAAAUGAAAACACAAAAUACUGCAUUUAGUCACACAGUGUUCAGGAUACAGAGUUUACAGUGUAAAGCACACUGGCUCUUUCUGUCCUUCUCAUUUGAUUAUGUGUACACAGGCUUCAUCUCAAAGAUUUACAUUAUUCCUGAAAAUAAUUGUGGAAAAUGUGUGUCAGUGCGCUCAUGAAGUCACAUGGAUCAUUUUUGCUUUGUGCUGUUACUAGUAAAAACCUAUUUUUUGAGAUAAACCUCAUGAACACUGAAAUCUGAGACAUUUCUAAAAAAGAGCCUGUCUUGUCAGUAAUCCUUUUUUUUUUUUUUAACGUGAUGUAUUUCAGUGCUGAAAGUGUUUCUCUGAGAGCUUUUAUUGUGACACUGUAACACGGUACUUUCUGCACUAGAGGGACAUUGAAAUCUCGAUAUCUCAAUAUCUGAACCACAGUUUAUUUCAGUCGAGCUGACUGUACGAGAUCUGUGUGUUAACUGUGAUAACUGUGACAAUUAGACCACAGCUAAGGUUGUGUUGUACCAGCACAUCCAUGUGUCUUAUACAGUAGGGCUGGAGAAUAUAUCAUAAAGUCGUUAUCAUAAUAAAAUGUCACAUUUACAUAGAUAACAAUGAAUGUAAUACUAACCUUAUUUAAAAAAAGCUGUUGUCUUUAUUGUUUUUGGGUUUUUUUUGGUCCUUGGAUGUCUUUGGUUUCUAUAGCCACACUUUACAUUUAUCGAAGUCGGAUAUUUUAUUAUAAAUUUUGAUUAUGACUACAGUUAAUGUCAGUCAGUCAUGAUACAGUUAUGUAGAGGAACAGUUCAAUGUUUUGGGAGUUAUGUAUGCUCACUUUAUCGCCAAAACUUAAACAAGAAGAUUGAUAAAAAGUCUGAAUGAAACCAGAGCUUCUUGUUCCAGAAGUAAGAAAAAACCUCGUUCAAAAUCCCAUCGACGUUUUGAGAUAAAACUUCUGCCUCGAGACAAUGCGUCACACAGAAAAUGAGAGUAAAAACAAGAAAUUGUGGUUUUUACAAGGAGUUUAAUCUGGUGUUCUAUCAGCCUAUUAGUUCCGGCACACAGCACCCCAUAAAAAAACACAUCUGUGUGUUUAAACAGACAAGAUGUAACAAUAUAAUCAGUCGAAUUCAGCUGGCAGGCAGAUUUUUUAAACUUUUUCAAUGCUAGCCAGGCUUAUGAAAAGCUCUGCUAAAUGCCUCCUGGCUGUAGCUUCAUAUUGAUCUCACACACACACGAGUGGUGUCGUUCUACUCGGCUAACUCUGAAUUAGCAUGUAUCCCAAAAUGUUGAGCUACUCCCUCAAAAAAAUACUCAUGUAUCAUCCAGCCCUAUCUAGUAUGUAAAAGAGUUUGACGGACAAAUUUGUUAACUUGCACUUUAGUUUCAGCAGUAGUCUACAGUUGCCUUGAAAACAAAGUUAAUGUCAGCUGUGUCUUAUCUAACACCUCCUCCUCCUCAUCGACCGCAUCGGUGUCAGAAAAACAGCUUCAUUUGAAUGUUGCAGCGGUCCUGUCUCUUUUGCUCUCUGUAGACAAAACUCUGUCCAGUCCUUCAGUGUCCACACUGCCACAUUAAGACUGUGGAGGCUUUAAAAAAAAAAAAAAAAAAAAAGAGCCUUUGUUUUCUAAUCUUGCUGUGUUCACUGUCACCCGAGCUCCCACACCUACACUGUGUUACAUCUUAACGUGUGCACAAAGAUGAACCGUGGAAUCAUAAAAAAAUGUGACAAAUGUCCGGCGAGUGUUGAUGUACUUUUGUGGCUACGAACAGUUAUAUUUUAAUAAAAUCAACAGUGUUAUGAAACCCGUGUCGCUUUGGUAAACCAGCCCAGAACGUUCUUCAGUGUCUUCAGUGGGCAUCAGUGAUGACGCCAGCCAGGUUAACACAGUUAGCAUCAAUCUCAGACACAUUUCUGGAAAAUCUGUAUAUAAUAAUAAAUAAUAAUCAUAAAAGUUUAAAAAUGGACUUGUGUUGUGAAACCAUCUAAAUUUAAUACUGAUGACUCUCCAUGACCUACAGAAGCAAACAAGGUCAGCGGUGAGAAGAUUGGGGAUUUCAUGGAUUAAAGCAAAAAAAUAAAUAAAUCUUUUGACUGAAAUGUUUUUUCAAGCUGUAGCCAAGUCAUAUUCCCAAUUUGUAAUUUAUGAAACAGGGCAUGUUACUUGACACGCACUCAAAAAA